AUGCCACCAACCAUACCCUACGAGUAACGAUCGCCUAGGUAAAAUCUAACCCGUCAGAUAAUCUACUAUUCUACAUACUUAUGUUGGUAGGUAGAACUUCUGAGGCUUUUAUUUUCAACUACAAUCCUAUAGGGAUUCUAUAUAAUAGUCUCUGCUAUGUACGAAUAGCUACAUCCUAUCUCGCCUACCAGGGCAGUGAUAUCCAUCCACAGGAUCAAUUGCCAGAUUCCGCUUAUUAUAGCGAGAUGCACGGGAUAUGUGCUACAGUGUGGCCACACAUGGGCUUGCCUACCCUAGGUGCCUCCCUAGACAGGUAGCUGAGCUGUCCAAUCACUCGAUGACCUCGCUGUAGAUCAUAUCAGACACCUACCGGCACUCUAUGUAAGCAGCCAUAGGCAAAUACAUGUAAGUCAGGCAGUCAGUCAUUCGACCCAAAGUAGGUUAUCUCGUCGUUCGGUCGAUAGACAAGCCCGAUUCGCUAUGUAGGAUUAAAUCCAGCCCAAACCCUUGCCCCCAGGCCUUCAUAAUGAUCGCAGUAUGUAUCGUACUUGAGCCAAGUAUGAAGCUGAACGACGAGAGAGAGAAGACGUUGUUGAUAUGAUUUAAAAGACUCAAUGAACUCUUCCGACACCCCCGUUUCCUUGCAAGACAGUCCCGACAAUCACGGGGCUGUGGUCAACAUCGUAUCUUGGUUUCUCCUCGUUUUCAGCUCGCUGCUUAUCCUCACCCGCCUAGGCACGAAAUGGGCCGUGUCGAGGGUGCUCCAUGUGGAUGAUGGGAUGAUAGUGCUAUCGCUAAUCUUAUGCAUCUCGCAAACCAUCGCGACCAACCUAGCGGUUGCCAAUGGGCUGGGUCGGCAUAUCGACACUCUCUCGGAUGAGAACGUCAUCGCCUUUCAAAAGUGUUUUUAUGCCGCAAAUGUGCUCUUCAUAUCCAGCCAGGCUACAUCGAAGCUGUCUGUCAUAUUCUUCAUCCGAGUCAUCUCACCCUACACUCUCCACCGGCACCUAACCACGAUCCUCAUUGCCGCUACACUCUUAUGGACCUUAACCUCUACUCUGUUAUUAUUAUUCCAAUGCGAUGUCUCCAGAGUAUGGGAUUCUCUCUCGAAUCAAUGCAUGGAUGAGAGGGCGAUGUGGAAUUUCAUCAACACGGUGAACCUCUUAAUCGAUGUUGGCUUGGUAUGCUUGCCAGUGAUGGUGGUUUUGAAGCUGAGGGUCAAGUUGCAACGCAAGAUCGCGGUCGUGUCGUGUUUCGGAACGCGGAUCCUAACCAUAGCCGCAAUCAUUUGGCAGAUGAUAAACUCGCAACAGAUACCAAAUCAUCAAGACGCCACAUUUUCGUAUUGGUCUCUCGUGCUUUCCAUGUCGCUGGCGGAAAACCUGGGCAUCAUGACAGCUUGCGCUCCCUACCUAAAGCCACUGCUAGACAGUCUCGAGUCCGGUUUGAUCCGGAGCGACGAUAUUCGACGUCGCGCAAAGUCUAUGGGGAAGUCUACCGCCGACAACUCAGGGGGGCAGGAUCAAAGCCAGGGAAACAGCUCUGCCUCUGCCGCGAGCCGCUCCAGAUCUAUUGCACAUGGCGUGUCACACGAGUUACAGGAUCUGGGGAAUCCAAACUCCGCCGUGACAGCUUCCGUCACAGCCGGGGGGGCGGGAGGCCAUGGCAACUGGGAAACGGCGAGUCAGUCUAGCCAGGGGAAACUCAUCAAGCAGGUCAAGACCUGGGGCGUUACGAGCUCUUAGGCGCCGGUACGGUGCAUAUUCAUAUCAUACUAUUCUUGUAUUGGCAGACCUACAAGUAGCAUUCACCUGUACUAUCUAUUGAUCUAGAAUUUAUACCCAUUAUGUACAGUAUAAUAUAGAGAUGUCUAGUUCUGGCCAUUAGGUACAUAUGUGCAUGUAUACAUAUUCACAGAGGCUGUGACAAAAUUCGACACGGCAACUGAGAAAGAGUAUGAGUAGGUAUUUACACACCUGCAUCUAUCUCGCUCGGUUAGGCAGUAAGAU